GUGUCCCUUCUAUGCGUCAGAUCCCAGCCGACACUUUCCCCAAAAACCAUCUCUCUCGUUUUUUUGACUCUUUACUCCGCAACUCUCUUUAGCAUUUACUUUUCCUACUUACCAAACACAGGCAGGCACUGUUAUGGUAAUCUCUUCUAUAAGGUUGUGCUGUUUCUCUUGCUUUGUUGCGAUCUUCUCCUCCCACCCAUUUCUCUCUGCAAGUGGCUGUGUCGCUUUCUGGAAAUAGCAAGUUUGUACUCCAGAGUCGUAUAUCUCCGCUUUCUAGGCUUUGUUCUCGAUUCUGAUUACCCAUGCGCAGUGAAACCCGGUGCUUCACUGUCAAAGUCGUGCAUUUUUUCUUUCAAUGUUCUGUGCAGAUUCUUUCUAUAAAGUCCUUUCACUAUUCAAGCUGGAGUGGGUAGCAUAAUGGACCACAAGACAUGGCUUUGGAGGAAGAAAUCUUCAGAGAAGACCAUCAUCUCAGCUGACACAAUACACAACUCUUCAAAAGGAAAUGAAGAAGAGAUACAGACACUUCUGACCGAGAAAGCCGAAUUGGAGAAAGACCUGAAAAUCCUAGAUGAUAAACUUUCUUCAGCCCUCUCCGAGUGUGAAGCUAAAGAUGAACUUGAAAAGAAGCAUGCAAAGACGGCCCAGGAAGCAAUUUCAGACUGGGAGAAGGCAGAAGCAGAAGUAGCAUCCCUAAAACGAGAAUUAGAUGAAGCUUUGCAACAGAGAGUAGCUGGUGAAGAAAGGUCAGUGCAAUUGGACGUAGCACUCAGGGAAUGUAUGCAACAGCUACGUUUUGUUCGAGAAGAGCAGGAGAAAAGAAUUCAUGAUGCUGUUAUGAAGACGUCUAAAGAAUUUGAAAAAUCUCAGAUGGUUUUAGAGGAGAAGUUAGCAGAGACCAGUAAGAGGCUUGCCAAAAUAGGCAUUGAAAAUUCUCACCUUACCAAUGCUCUCUUAGCAAAGGAGAAGUCAAUUGAAGAUGUUAAUAAACAGUUGACUCAGAAGGAGGCAGAUUUUAGUGCACUAAUGACUAGAUUACAAUCCAUGGAGAAAGAUAAUGCUUCUCUGAAGUAUGAGGUUCGAGUCCUCGAGAAGGAGCUUGAGAUCCGAAAUGAGGAAAGAGAAUUUAAUCGCCGAACAGCUGAUGCAUCUCACAAGCAACACCUAGAGAGUGUGAAGAAAAUAGCAAAGUUGGAAUCAGAGUGUCAGAGGUUGCGUCUCCUAGUCAGGAAGCGACUGCCAGGACCUGCUGCUUUAGCAAAAAUGAAAAAUGAAGUUGAGAUGCUGGGAAGGGAUUCAGUUGAAAUGAGGAGAAGGAAGUUGAAUACAACUGCUUUCAUGGUUGACUCUGCAGUUGAUGACUCUCCUGAGAAUCCAACUAAAAGGAUUGGUAUUCUUGCUGACCAAUUAUGUGCUAUGGAAGAAGAGAAUAAGAAUCUCAAGGAAACCCUUCAUAAAAAAGCAAAUGAACUGCAAUUUUCAAGGGUAAUGUAUGCUCGUACAGCAUCUAAAUUAUCACAAGUGGAAUUGCAGCUUGAAGAAGAGUCCAAAGGUCAGAGCAUCGUAGAGCCAUCAAGGAUUACUCUUAUGUCACAUGAUCUCUCUCUCGCAUCAAUGUCUGACAUUGGCAGUGAUGAUAAGGUUAGCUGUGCUGAAUCGUGGGCUUCUGCUUUGAUUACAGAACUGGAACACUUUAGAAAUGGAAAACAAAAGGGUUCACCUUUAUCUAAAACUAUUGGAACUUCGGACAUCAACCUGAUGGAUGACUUCGUUGAGAUGGAAAGAUUAGCUUUAGUCUCUGUUGAUAAACCAUUUGGGAGUUCUCAGGUUUCUUCACAUGAAGUUAAUGCAAUUUCUCGCCCCUUGGAUGAGAGUUCCUCAGAGUUAGCUGGAAUGCAGAUAGUUCCAUUGUCUGACUCUGAAUCAGGCUUCAAUGUGUCAAACCAGGAAAUCAGGUCCAAAGAUACAUCUAUCAGUAAAGUUCCGGGUUGGCUUCAGGAUAUACUAAAAGUGUUAUUGGAGCAAAACUGCAUCACGCAGAGAAACCCAUAUGAAUUACUUGAGGAUAUCAGAGAAGCUUUGCCAUAUAUCUAUAGUCCAAAUUCCAUCAGUGUUGUUGAUGCAGGGGAAAGAUCAAACAAUCCUGAUGCAUUUAAUGCCCCAGUCCUAAGUGGCUACAUCUCAGAGAAAGCAUCAAAUAAAUCUUCAGUGAUGGUUUUAUCAGAUAUUGAUGUCUCGUUGACAGAAAAGAGCAACCCGCAGUUGCAAUUGGAUCUUAGAAAGUCAAUAGGAAAAAUAAUUGAGCUUAUUGAAGGGAUCAGUUUGUCAUCUCUGGAUUAUGAUAAUCCCGAUACCUUGGCCAGAAAGGAUGGGAAUACAUUCACAUACAAGAAUUCGGAAACAGCUUCCGGGUACAUGGUCCGGGUUUUCCAGUGGAAAAUUUCUGAACUCGGUGCUGUUUUACAACAAUUUGUUCGUACUUGUGAUGAUCUUUUGAGUGGAAAGGCUAAUAUAGACAAAUUUGCCCAGGAAUUAACUAUUUCUUUAGAGUGGAUUAUGAACCAUUGCUUUUCCCUACAAGAUGUUUCCAACAUGAGGGAGGCGAUUAUGAAGCAUUUUGAUUGUGAUGAAUCGCGAAGUGAAAGCGAGGCAGAAGUUGGAACAAUUGGUCAUUUUUCCGAAGCAGGACGUGUUCCUAGAGAAUAUUUAUCAUAUUUGCCCCUCACUGCUGCUUCAAAUGGCAAUCGUCUUCAGUCUACAGUAAAGGAAGAAAAUAGGAAUCCAAUAGAGGAAUUGAUGAAUUUGAAGUCUGCAAAGAAAGGCUUGGAAGGAAGGCCUCAGUCAGCUACUGAUACUAGUGAAUCCUUGAUGAGUCAGCUCCAUGAAUCCGAAAAAACCAUUGCAAGCUUGCAAACAGAGCUGGAAACUCUAAAAAAAUCAACACAAAAGAUUGAGAAUCAAAUCGAAAGUCACAAGUUGAUGAAUGAAGAUCUUGACAGACAGCUUACAGUGGCCAGAGUGGAACUAAAUGAGGCACAACAGAAGUUUUCGUCACUAGAAGUGGAGCUGGAUGACAAAAAUAACUGUUGUGAAGAAUUAGAGGCCACAUGUCUUGAACUGCAGCUCCAACUUGAAAGCGUUACAAAGAAGGAAAGCCCAAGCAAUGACCCCAAUCAGGAAGAAAAGCAACUUCGCACUGAUUGGGAGAUUACAGCUGCUUCAGAGAAGUUGGCAGAGUGCCAGGAGACGAUCCUAAACCUUGGAAAGCAGUUGAAGGCAUUGGCUGCACCAAAGGAAGCCGCCCUUUUUGACAAGGUCAUAGCUAGCCCCAUGCACACAGCUUCCACCACCCCCACCACAGCUACAACGCCAACCCCACCCAAGGAUAAGAUCAUGAACCAGCGCACGUCUUUACUUGAUAAGAUGCUAGCGGAGGAUGAUGAUGCAGCUAAGAAUCUUAAAUCUCCAAAGACCAAAGAAAUAGAUGGAAAUUUCACUAGAAAAAUUAACGGGCCAUUCCAGCCUCCAGAAAAUAUUGUUGUUUUAAAUGGGGUUAGAUACGAGAAUGACAACGUCUCAGCCAGGAGUCUUGCUAUUGUGGCUAGCAAAAAACGGGGAGGUGGGAGUUUAUGGAGAAAGCUGUUGUGGAGAAAGAAGAAAGGUACCAGCAAGAAAGCGCCUCUCCUAUUUGUCCCGUGACAAACAUCUUAGUAGUAAUAAUAAAGUGAUGGCAAGCUUGUUGCUCAGGUUCCAUUUUUUUCACCAAUGUUGUUGUUUGGUUUGUUGUGGGCAAAGUGGGAGAUAAUAAGUCUUGGCUUUUACCAGUCAUAUGAGAGAGAGAGAGAGAGAGAGAGAGAGGGGGGGGGGGUGGAGAUUUGAUGCUGUGUUUGUUAAUGCUGUAUAUAGAACUGAUGCCCUGACAAUUAUAGAGGUUACAGCGCAGUGAAGAUGCUCCUAAAGGUGAAAACUUUUUACUUGA